GCCACGAACAAGCACCAAGCGACGGCGCCUCACAACACUGGCAGUGCGGGAAAGGCGGCAGCGAGGCUCGCAGUGGCGGCGGCGACAGCAGCAGCUCUCCAGAACCUCCAGUCUCUCUAUAGCGCGUGAAAACGACGCCUCGGGCAGCAGAUAUGAUGGCCCAGCGGAAAAAUCAAAUUUUCUUGGGCCUUCUCUUCCAUUUGGCCUUCUGCUUUGUGUAUGGCUUCCCUACUGAUUCCGGGACUGAAUUCCGAUCUGCCUUUUCUGUCGCUAGGACCAGCAGCAUGGAAGGAAGCACCGAGAUGGUGAUCACCUUUGAUAAGGUCUAUGUAAACAUAGGGGAUGACUUUGACCCCAAAGCUGGACUAUUUCGAUGUCGUAUCCCUGGAGCCUACUAUUUCUCCUUCACUGUCGGAAAGUACCCCAAGAAAAAUUUAUCAGUCAUGCUAAUGAGAAACAAGAAUGAAGUGCAGGCAAUUGUAUAUGAUGAACAUCACCGUAAAGAGCGAAAAGUGGCCAGCCAAAGUGCCAUGCUACAAUUGGACUACGGUGAUACUGUGUGGCUACGUUUGCAUGGGGAUCCAAAGUAUGCCCUAUAUAGCAAUGUGGGGCCCUAUACAACUUUCAAUGGGUACCUCAUUUAUCCAGACACCUCUAGCUACUUUCAAAAUAGAGUAGGCUCUCCAGAACUAGGAAAAGAACCAUCUCAGCCUCCCUCUCAUGUCCUUCAGCAGCUUUCCAUCAACCAAAACCAAGUCUCAGAAAGGCUCCUGCUUUCUGAUGAACCAGCUAGACCACAGGAUCCUCGCUCUGCCUUUUCAGCUGCUCGUUCCGAAAGCCUCCUAGGAUCGGAUGAAAAGCAAACCCAGCACGAACCCAUCACAUUUGACACAGAGUUUGUGAACAUCGGGAAUGACUUCAAUUUUUCAACUGGCAUCUUUACAUGUCGUGUUCCAGGCGCCUACUAUUUUUCAUUUACCAUUGGUAAAAUGCCUUUCAAAACAAUGUCAGUAAAGCUGAUGAAGAACCACAAUGAAGUUCAGGCCAUGAUCUAUGAUGAUAACCACUCCAAAAGGCGGGAGAUGCAGAGCCAGAGUAUUAUGUUUCCUCUGCAAGCUGGUGACACUGUCUGGCUCUACAGUCACCAGCAUGAUGGCUAUGGUGCUUACAGCAAUCAUGGCAAAUACAUAACCUUCACCGGCUUCCUUGUCUAUCCAGAGACUAAGACAAAAUCCUCUUCAGAUUCCAACAUUUCUCCAGGGUCAAAUCUCUAAAUGU